AUGAACAAGCUCAAUAUCAUCAUUGUCGGCUCAGGUUUGGCUGGGUUGACCGCAGCACGUAUUCUCCGAGAGCACCAUAAUGUGAAAGUUUACGAGCGAGGCGACGCCAGCACGGCAACUGGUGGCCAGGGCAUUAUGAUUGCUCCCAACGGAGUAAGGAUUCUAGAGUCAAUUGGAUACAAUCAGAAUUUUGCUGGCGCAGUCCCUAUCCUAGGUUUUCGAACCUACGGGAAGGAUGGUGCCGUCAAAGAAGACAUCGAUGGAAGUCUAGCCCAGAUGGUGUUCAAUCCACCAGUUGUGGCUUUGGAUCCCGAAGAAGGUAUUGUUACUCUUGAGGAUGGGUCAAUCGAUUCUGCAGAUGUGUUGCCGACGGAGUACACUCUUGACUACGCAAAGUUGUUCUUUGUGAAGACGGCUAUGAGACGAGAAAGACGGGACUCACAUGCUAUCGCAUUGCUGUCUCAGUUGAAGAUGCCAGGAAGGCUCUUGAUGGACUACCGCUCCCGCACUGUAUACCCGCUCAGCCGUCAAUCUUUCUUUAACCUCUCCUGCAUUGCUAAGGUCAAUCCAUCGAGUAAGACUGGGGUCGAAUCAUGGCAUGCGGAUGCAGACCUUGACCAACUGGUGGACUUAUUUUCAGACUUCCACGAGCCCCUGCGAAGAAUUAUGAGCGCAAGCACGGAAGUGAAAGUGUGGGAGCUUCAAGAUCUUGAUUCCCUUCCAACAUGGACCCGCGGUCGCACAAUAAUCAUUGGAGAUGCUGCUCACGCGAUGACGCCCAUGCAAGGCCAAGGAGCCAACAUGGGUAUCGAAGGCGCUGAGAGUCUUCGACUGCUGGCCCCAGGCACACUCCGACAGGAUGUGCCAGGCAUCCUCAAGCUAGCAGAGAGCGUACGCAAGCCGAGGGUGGAUUUUAUUGGAGACACGUAA